AUGAUUAACAAAUACCAAAAAAUCUUAUUAGAUGUGUCAACUGAUUUGAAUUUAACUGCAAAAGAAAAAGCUUUAGCUGAAAAAAAUUAUGUUUUCCCUUCUGUGGACAGUUUGACGAAUUUAAGUUCAACUAAAGUUGCACACUCAGAAAGUUAUCUUAAUCUCUAUUCCCAUGGUAAGAGUCUUUAAAAUAUUGAUUCUAGUAAUAUUUUAGAUUCUAGUAUGGCUCAUAAUAAAUACCCUCAUUCUUCUGUUAAUCUUUCUUAGAUGAAAAGUAUUAUGCUCAAUAAUAAGCUUGCAAAGAGGGAGAAAAAGAAUUUUGAGUAAGACCAGAGAAAGAUAUUUGAGUCACACUUAGCCUAGAUCUCUAAAUAGAAUAAUGUAAUUGAUUAGAUGAAGGCAAGUCUUCCCACCCUUUCUUAAGAACUUUUGAAGGAAAAAAUGAAUGGUGUUCAACUUCCUCCUAUAUAUUCAGGAUCUUCUCCACAUAUUUCUUUAGCAGGCUAAAAAAAGAGGGGUAGCAACAGAUACAUUUCUCCAAAUGAAAAAUAAACCUAAAAACAAUCUAUUUACUCUAAAUCUGUUCAACCAACCCAAAGAAAUUAGUUGGGAAAUGAUAACUUGUACAAACAAAAAAAGGCUGAUGAUAUCUUCGAUUCUUUAAUGAAAUCCCUUUCAAUUAAAAAGAAAAUGGUAGCAGUAGCAACAGCAGCAGCUAAUGCUAAUAAAGAAACAGACAAUUCUUAGAUUUACACACCAUCUAAUAAAAACGAAUAAUCAAUACUCUCAACGCAAUAGAAAGAAUAAGAAUCAACUCAAAAUUUGAGUUAAAGAUUAAAUAUCCCUGACCUAGAUAAAAUAUCUGAUAAAAAUUAAAAUCGAAAAUUUAGUGAUUUGUUUAGUUUAGUUACUAAAAACAUAACGCAAUUUAAUUCUCCAAAAAACAAUUAAAACGAAACUCCGAUGAAUAAUAAUUAGAGUGUAGGUAGAAGGAGUGUUAGAUUCAAUAGAAAGGGUCCUAUGUUUUAUGAAUACGAAGAUCUCUAUUAAAAUGGGUAACUAGGAAGUAACAUAGAAGAUAAAUUUAACUUUUUUAAGAAGACCCCAGUUGGUUCUAUUAUUACUAUAUCAAAAAAAAGCAUGACGCUAAAAGAGUUGUAAUCACCUAAAUCGAAAAAUUAAACAGAAUCCUCUCCAUAAAUCAAUAAUAGUUCUUAAGAAAGAAAAAAAAGUAAUAGACUCUCAAGCUAUUUGUCAUAGUUCUCUCAGGCAUAGACAAAAAGAGAAGAAGAGCUUAAGAACAAAUAAGUUUAAUCAACUACUAAGAUACCGUAGAUAACCCAAGCUAAUAAUAAUCAAUAUUUGGAUAUUCUAAAAAAGUAAGCUCAUAUUUAGAAAAUGACCAGAUAAAAUUAAGAUAAAAAGUUUUGCUAAAUGAGCAAAAGAAUGAGCAAUUUCUUCCAGGAACCAGAUAAUUUUUAAAUAUGGGAAAGGUAUGUCUUGUUAUGCAGAGAUUUCAAGCGUUUCAUUGAUGUACUCUUUAAAAUAGAAAAAAAUUAAAAUAAAAAUAUGACUUACCUCACCAGACUUGCAGGAACUAAGAAAUAUUUAAUUAACGAAAUUAUUGACCAGUAGUUUUCAUUAAUUCAUUUCGGAGUAAUUGAAACGUUAGAAAAUACAUUGAUAAGUGAAAAUACGCUCAAGUCUUAUUUUAAAGUUGAUUAGGAUUUAAAGUCUAUUAUAACUGAUAUCUACAUUAAAGAUUUAAGUUACAUCAACGGAUUGUUUGAAGUUUACCUAAAUAGUUAGUAAAUUAUAUAAUCAUCAAAGAUUUCUGAAAUUAUCUAGACUGAAUAUAAAAUGAUUAAACAAAAAGAAAAGGAUUUGAUAUUUGACUAAUUCGAUAGUAAUGGAAUUAAAAAUCUAAAUAUCAAGAAAUCCUACUAGUUCUUUGAUGAUUACUUAUACAACAUUUAACCAAGAAGAAACACUUACAAAGAAAUAUUAGACUUUGAGAGAAAUUUCGGCUAAUUCUAAUACAUCAGCUAGAUUGACAGAGAUAUGUUCCAAAACUUGGAAAAAUCAUACAACAAUAUCCGUUAAUCAAACAAAUAAUGA